GGAAUGUUAACAGGGUUGGUUAGGAUUGGCCCCCAAGCUGGGAUUAGUCCUAAAAACUGACCCUUCCAUCGUAGGUGUGCGCCGUGAUCCAUUGAACUAAAAAUAACUGGAACGCCACGUUGACGCGGAAGUUUGAAGCUAAAUUAUACAAGGUCGUACACAGGCUUUAAAAGGCCCGUUUUGAAAUAAAAGGCCCGUUUCCCUUUCGAUUCACAUAUUGCAAUGAAAACUUUCAAAACGGCAUGCUUCGAUCGCCCCCUGCAUUGUUUCGCGAGUAAAUCGCGCAGUAGAAACACGCGUGGAAGUGCGUGUCUGGGAGUCAAAACUGGCUUCAUUUGGCUUCAUAGGAGUCAAAUUUUGGCUUCAAAAUUUGCAUGCGCAGUUUACUGAACGUAGCGUUCCAGUUAUUUUUAGUUCAAUGCCGUGAUCAGUCAUGAUCAGGUGGCUGCCAGGGGCGCCCUUAGAAAGCCUUCGAUUCGAUCAGGAUGAGCUGUGUCCGAUCCUUCGCAAUUCAGCUUAGCUCUCAGCUGCGAGUAAGGAUAAUAAGAACACCCUACUAAGAAUCGGAGCAAUCGCAGAAAUCGCAACCAGCCAAUUACUACGACUCUUGCGAAGCGAUAAUGGGCAAUUUCAGCUAUAGACUAAAUUUUGAUCUGGGCAAGAAGAUCAAAAUCCAUCACCACAGCUAGAAAGAGCAAGUUAAAAUGAGUGAAAUUGCAAAGUUUGGUUGCGAAAUGUUGUCAAAUGAGGAAAAUAUAGCCCUACGAAAUUUUGUAUUAAUUUGUAUUACGCACGGAAAAAUGCACCACAUUUCGGCCGAAAUGUGGUGCAUUUUCCCGCGCGUAAUACAAAUUAAUACAAAAUUUGCAAAUUUCGUAGGGCUAUAUUUUCCUUAUUUUACAACAUUUCGCAACCAACCUUUGCAAUUUUACUAAUUUUAACAUGCUCUUUCUAGCUGUGGUGAUGGAUUUUGUUCUUCUUGCCUAGAUCAAAAUGUAGUCUCCUGCGGAAAUCAUCUAUUGCGAUAUUACGAUUCAGUGGAAACCAGGUACACCUACCUGUACAGACCAAAUGAAAGUCAUCACAGGCAAGCACAAGUUUCUUCUUUGUUGACUCUUUGUAAAACCAGCGCGGUAUACAUUUGUCAAGGAAAAGCUUCCCAUUUCAAAGCGCAUAUAUACUCCCAAACUAUAUGACCUAUUUCAAAAAGCCAUCUCAAACGUGGCGGUCCAGUGUAGGAAGCUGCCGUGGUUUGUGUCUGAACUACCUGAAAAAUAUAUUUCAUAUGUGGAUGUCAAAUGUGAAGUAUAUUGAUCUAGUCAUAGGACUGGAUCAAAAUUAAUUCAGUCCUUGGACUGGAUCACCUCACCUUAAGUAGUGAUUUAUUCGUAUGAGAUGUUAUUUCAAAUCCUAUUUCAAAUCCUCGCACUGCAUGGACUAGAUUUCAAGUCUCGCAUUUUGAACUUGAAAUCCAGUCCUCAUAGUCGGAUUUGAAAUAUAAGCUGCCAUGGUUUGUGUCUGUACUAUAUGACAGAUUUGACUAGACUUACUGUAUAUGUUAUUAAAAAAAUGAUAUUAUAGUAAUCUCAUAUAUAAAAUAAGUUUUGUAAAUUAUACUAUACACUUAGAAACCUUAGCAAUAAAUACUAUAGAGAUCAACUUUUUUUUAAUUUAGUUUUAAAUACUCAAAUAUAAUCUCAUAAUGGUAGUGGUCAACUCGAAAGCUUCUGCUCCUUUGACCACUACGCACUCUUCAUCUGUAAAUACAUAUUAUGAAAUAUAAUGUAAAUAUAUAUAUAGUAUACUAGUAAUACAUACUCUUGUAAGAAAGAAAUAAGUGCAAAUAAAACUGAUUCUGAUUCUACUUGAAAAAGAUCUCUUAAACGUGGUUGUCCACUGGACCACUAGGCACUACGUUUGAGAUAUCUUUUUCGGGUAGUUCAGACACAAACCACGGCAGCUUAUUGUAGAAUACUACCUACACUGGAUCACCACGUUUGAGAUAUCUUUUUCAGGUAGUUCAGACACAAACCACGGCAGCUUAUUGUAGAAUACUACCUACACUGGACCACCACGUUUGAGAUAUCUUUUCAGGUAGUUCAGACACAAACCACAACAGCUUAUUGUAGAAUACUACCUACACUGGACCACCACGUUUGAGAUAUCUUUUCAGGUAGUUCAGACACAAACCACGACAGCUUAUUGUAGAAUACUACCUACACUGGACCACCACGUUUGAGAUAUCUUUUCAGGUAGUUCAGACACAAACCACGACAGCUUAUUGUAGAAUACUACCUCCACUGGACCACCACGUUUGAGAUAUCUUUUUCAGGUAGUUCAGACACAAACCACGACAGCUUAUUGUAGAAUACUACCUACACUGGACCACCACGUUUGAGAUAUCUUUUUCAGGUAGUUCAGACACAAACCACGACAGCUUAUUGUAGAAUACUACCUACACUGGACCACCACGUUUGAGAUAUCUUUUUCAGGUAGUUCAGACACAAACCACGGCAGCUUAUUGUAGAAUACUACCUACACUGGACCACCAAGUUUGAGAUAUCUUUUUCAGGUAGUUCAGACACAAACCACGGCAGCUUAUUUGCAGAAUACUACCUACACUGGACCACCACGUUUGUAUACCUACACUGGACCACCACGGACUGUAUUUCUUUUAAAUUUUCUAACUUUUCUUUGAGUUUUAGCUAAUUUGAAUUUGAAAGGGUUCAAUUUUGUUAUACACACUGUACAGGCAGGGUGUAAAAAAAAAGUACAUCCUUUCAAAUUCAAAUUAGCCAUAACCUUUUAAAUAUUCGUUGCUCUGCAGCUAAGCUUAUAUCUUAUGCAGACUGGAAUAAUGCUUAAUUUAAAUAUUUUUCUUUGAGUUGUGCAUUUGUUCAUACAAAUAGAAAUUAUCCUAAAUUCCCAUCUGCAGAAGACCAUGUGUUUUCACGCAUUCAUUAAUUCGAGAAAUUAUAUGGCAGUCAAAUUACUACAAUACAGAGGGUGUAUAAAAAAAGGAGACCUUUAAAAAUCAAGCAUAUUGUUAAAAUUUGAAUGCCUUUUCAAUUGCACAUAUGCUGAACCGUAGUGCGUGAAAUAUUGAUGGGUGCAUAUAUUAGAAAAAGGAGACCUUUCGAAAUUGAAAUAACGUUUAAACACAAGAUUGUCUGCUCCUGGGAAAAUCUGCCAUGCAUACUGUACGUAGAUCGCAUGUUUCGCACUCGUGGGCUUAGCAAAGUGCUCCAGGAUUCAAAUUAUAACAAUGGUUGAUUUCUAAAAGCCAUGUUACACGGUGCAAUUUUUCUUGCAACUUUCAAUGCAAUUCUACUCUUGACAGAUCUAAAAUUGCCAAAUACUAGUCUUCAUUACAACCCGCUGAUGUUUUCUCAACAUAUCGAAAAUUCUUCACUGAUUUCACUAAUUAACAUCUCUCAACAGUAGAAUUGCAUUGCAAGUUGCAAGAAAAAUUGCACCGUGUAACAUGGCCUUAAAGAAAAGGAAAAAAGGUUCUAAUAUAUGCACUCCAUCAGGUAGAAAAAGGUUCUAAUAUAUGCACGCAAUCAAUAUUUCACGCACCACGGUUUAGCAUAUGUGCAAUUGAAAAGGCAUUCAAAUUUUAACAAUAUGCUUGAUUUCUGAAGGUCUCCUUUUUUUAUACACCCUGUAGAUUACGGUUAAUUUGAAUUUGAAAGUGUGUACAUUUUUUUGAUACACCCUGUAGACCCUUUGCAGAAUAAGUGAAUAAAGAAAAGUGACAUGGAGAACAGUGGGAUUUUCAAAACAAUGAAAAGACAAUGGAACAUUCUGAUCACUGGAUCAUGACUGGAUGACAUGGAGAACAGUGGGAUUUUCAAAACAAUGAAAAGAUAAUGGAACAUUCUGAUCACUGGAUCGUGACUGGAUGACAUGAAGAACAGUGGAAUUUUCAAAACAAUGAAAAGACAAUGGAACAUUCUGAUCACUGGAUCAUGACUGGAUGACAUGAAGAACAGUGGGAUUUUCAAAACAAUGAAAAGACAAUGGAACAUUCUGAUCACUGGAUCAUGACUGGACGACAUGGAGAACAGUGGAAUUUUCAAAACAAUGAAAAGACAAUGGAACAUUCUGAUCACUGGAUCAUGACUGGAUGACAUGAAGAACAGUGGAAUUUUCAAAACAAUGAAAAGACAAUGGAACAUUCUGAUCACUGGAUCAUGACUGGAUGACAUGAAGAACAGUGGGAUUUUCAAAACAAUGAAAAGACAAUGGAACAUUCUGAUCACUGGAUCAUGACUGGAUGGCAUGGAGAACAGUGGGAUUGUCAAAACAAUGAAAAGACAAUGGAACAUUUUGAUCACUGGAUCAUGACAGGAUGGCAUGGAGAACAGUGGGAUUUUCAAAACAAUGAAAAGACAAUGGAACAUUCUGAUCACUGGAUCAUGACUGGAUGGCAUGGAGAACAGUGGGAUUUUCAAACAAUGAAAAGACAAUGGAACAUUCUGAUCACUGGAUGUCAGUAUUGUUGUGCUUCAGUAUUGUAGUGCUAUUCAACAAUCUCAUUGCAAUAAGACACUCUCCCUUUCCUUCAUAAUUUUUUUAUUUUCUGUUUCACUUUAGCCAACCACGAUGGUUUGGUCGUAUUCAUCUCCAGUCAUGGGAAGGCGAGAGGCUUUCAAACCGUUGACAAAAAAAUCGUCGAAGUCGAGGAACUCACUUCGCGAGUCAACGGUAAACAGUGCAAAGCUCUGCGAGGAAAGCCGAAACUAUUCUUUAUUUCUGCCUGCCGUGGAACCAAAUCAGAUCCUGGGAUUCAGCCGGGUGUUAUCGACUCCGAUGCAAACGGGGAUGAGAAACUGGUACCCAAACUCCCAACCGAAGCGGAUUUCUUGGUGUGUUAUUCCACGACCAAGUAUCAUAUAUCCUACCGGAGAUUUACCCUAGGGGUACAAAACUCCCCCGAGAUGGGGACAUGGUUGAUCAGUUCACUUACCCAAGUUUUUGAGGAAAGAAUGAAUGACGAGGAUGUUAUGCAGAUGUUAACACGUGUUAACGCAACCGUUGCCAACAUGGCAAGUCGUGAUGAUCACGUGAAUGGCAUGAAGCAAAUGCCUGUGCAGAUGCACAUGCUAAGGCAUCGGGUCUUCUUUGGAAAGUGA